AUGAAUAAGGCACAAGUUUCCGAAACGAUAGAAGAAGAACAGAAAGAAAGGAGGGAAUACGUAAAGAAUAUUGGAAUAGAGUAUCGCUAUGGAUGUUAUGAAGUAGGGUGACAUUAUGGUUUAUAUUUAGUUGUAGGAGAAAAAACCAGAUACUUGUCACGUGCUGGGAGAGUACCUGGAAGCGAUUGACCUGAGCUUUGCCAAAGCAUAUCAAAUAUUCAAGGAUAACUGCGAGGAAAGGAAGUUCCCAAGGAGUUGUUUUAAGUAUGCCAUGUACACACUUGCAGGAAAAGGUAUGUAUGGUUUUCAUUUCUAAAUUUUCAUCAUAUGCCGAAUGAUUAAACGUUUAAAAUAACUUUAGAAUGCGAAGCGAGCUUAAAGAAUACGAUAGAGCCAUUGACAGUGUCAUGUGAAGGUAAAGUACCCCCAGGCUGUAGGUACCUAUCAUUGGUAUAUUGGAAUGGCGAGCCAGACAGGAAACCUGACUCCAAACUAGCUGAACAUUACAUGAAAAAGUAUGUUCUACUUAAUAUUGUAUUGUUACUAUUAAACACUGAAUUAGGCAAUUUAAAAAGACACAUUCAAACAAAAUUUUAGGUAAUAUUGUAAUUUUGGUAUUUUAGAGCUUGCGAUAUGGAGGAUGCAGAGGCAUGCUGGCUGUUGAGUACGUGGUACAUCAACAGUGACAGUAUGAAGAUAGCUGUGAAGGGAGUGAAGAACCCGUCUUCAGAAGUGAACCGCGACAAACUCGGUCGCUUAGAGAAGGACAUGGAGAAGGCUCUGAAGUACGCCAAGUUAGCUUGUGAUCUCAACAUUCCACAGUCUUGUCUCAAUGCUGCCAGGAUACUGAAGAUUGGGGACGGAGUAGCCAAGGAUUUGGAUGCUGCCAAACUUUAUUUGGACAAGGCCAAAGCCAUGAACGAAAUGAUAAAGAAGGGCAAGAAUGCUACUGGAUUCACUGGAUGA